AUGAAGAACGCGCAAAAGAAGAGAGAGAAGGAGAAGAAGAGAGAGAAGUACAAGAAGAAGAGGGUGGAGAAGACAAGCGAAAAGGAAGAGAAGAAGCGAAGGAGGGAGAAGAAGAUGCAGGCGGAAGAGACGCAGAAGAAGAGGGGGGAGGAGAGGAAGCGCCAGUUGGGACUGGAGAUGGACAAGCAAGGGGAGGAGGCUGAGAAGGCGCGGAAAUCUUUUUAG